AUGGAUUGGACGCCAUCACAAGCAACAAUACGAUUGGUAAACAUGAUGUUUAAGCAAGCCACGUCGCAUGCAAUUAUGGCCGAGGAAACCUCUACAUCCACUAGCAAAGCGGCACAGAACGACAACAGCGAUUCCAAAGCCAAGGAAGCAUCCGAUCUCCAAGAAUCAAGCAGUAGCAGUUCAGACUCGAGCACAUCAAUAAAGACAUCGAAGCCUAAGGCAAGCAGUGCAAAAAUAGAAGACGGUCCAAAAAUCAUUGUGCCAGUUUUUGAGCAGCGAGAGGCGCUGGAUGAACAAAUAAAAAGCCAGAUAAUAAUUAAUCUGUCAAAAUUCACAGACAAAAGCCCGCCUACAAAAAUUUCAGAGUCACUCAAGAGUAUGCUUGACAGCAAAUUUGGAAAGGGCUGGUGUGUGUUUGCAGGUGCACACUUUUCCGGGAGCUGCACCUUCGAGGAGAAGUAUUUUGCACAAAUAGCAUUUGGCACAUACACAAUAACUCUUUUUAGGAUAUUCAUUCCCAAUCAGUAG